AUGAAUGAGCUCGGUGGCUCUUCGGACUUAUCGAUGCAUGCCGAGGACAUAGGGCACAGGCACCGGGUUCACUAUGGCUAUUCGUCGUUGGCACUGGCGUUGGGAACAAUCGGUGGGUACUACGCUUCGAAUUGGGAGAGGAGUUACACCGCAAAGUCUGUCACAAGGCUCAGUGAUAUGGACGAGUUGUCGUAUGCUAAGUGGGAAGACAGGAAGCUGGCAUAUCACAAGAUUAAAUCGCUUCUGAGAGAGGACCAAUGGUCCACCGACAAGACUGAACUGGAGCAUUGUUCUUCAAAUGACUACUCUACUCACCAAUCAGAUAAGCUGCCGCAAUUGGUGGUGUUCCCCGAAUCGACGGAGCAAGUAUCAGAUAUUUUAAAGAUCUGUCAUUCCUAUAAAGUCCCUGUGGUGCCAGUCUCAGGAGCAACUUCAAUCGAAGGUAACUUCAACACCACAAGGAACGGGCUAGUCAUUUCACUGUCAUUGAUGGACAAAAUCAUUCAAUUGAACGAACAAGAUAUGGAUUGUACUUUACAGCCAGGUGUUGGAUGGCAGGAUCUGAACGAAUACUUGAAGCCUAGGGGGUUAUUGUUCGGACCUGAUCCGGGACCAGGUGCACAGAUUGGUGGUAUGUGUGGUACUUCAUGUUCAGGUACAAACGCUGCAAAGUAUGGUACAAUGAAGGAUAAUGUUAUCAGUUUAACUGUGGUAUUGCCUGAUGGAACAGUCGUGAAAACUAGGAAAAGGCCUAGGAAAUCCAGCGCAGGUUACAACCUCACAGGCUUAUUCGUUGGAAGUGAGGGAACGUUGGGAAUAGUGACGGAGAUCACAGUGAAAUUGCAUCAUUUACCAAGAUUUGAAACUGUUGGUGUUGUUUCAUUCGCCAGAUUGAUCGAUGCUACAAAUAUGGUUACCAGGUUGAUCCAGCAUGGUGUCUCUUUCAACGCUGUUGAACUGCUGGACGAGAACAUGAUUGAUGUUAUUAACAAAUCUGGCCAGUGUAACAGAAGUUGGCCAGUAAACCAUACCUUGUUCAUGAAGAUUGGUGGUUCGUCACAGGCACAGCUCCAACAUCAGUUAGAGCUGCUUCAAGGAAUAGGAAGGGAAAACAACGCAUUGGCCUUUUCCUGUGCUAAGGACUCCAGUGAAGCUGAAGAACUAUGGCAAGCACGUAAAGUUGGAUUCUGGUCUACUAUUCAACAUGGUAAGUCUCUACUAGGGGAGAAUGCUAAAGUCUGGACAACUGACGUCGCCGUCCCCAUCUCAAAGCUGUCUUGUGUCAUUGAAGAGACCAUGGAGGAUAUCAACUCUAAGGGAAUCUUCACAACGAUCCUAGGACACGUUGGUGACGGAAAUUUCCAUUGUAUCUUGGUCUAUAAGCCGGAGGAUCAAGGUGUUGUUAGUGGCAUAAGUGAAAGAGUCGUCCAGCGAGCAUUGGAUAAUGAAGGAACAUGUACCGGUGAACAUGGUAUUGGACUUGGGAAACGCAAGUAUCUUCAAUUGGAGUUGGGUGAAGAUACAGUGGCACUUAUGAGACAGAUAAAGCUAAGUGUUGAUCCUCAUGGAAUAAUGAACCCUGAUAAAGUGUUCUCAACAGAUCCUGAAGAUAGUUGAAUUCACCAUACACAUCAUAUUAUACUGUACCGUGUUAUAUUAUAUUAUACCAUAUUAUAUUAUGUUAUUAUUUAUUACCUCC